CGCCCUGUCCGCAGGCCGCUCGGGGCCCCGGCGCCUGAGGCUCGGCCGGCGGGAGGCGGGCUCUUCCCGGCUGGGAGCGGAGCAGCGCUCGCCGGGCCGCGCCUCGGCCCUCGGCCGCUCCCGGGCUUCGUCCGUCUCUGACUGCCCAGGACCACACCGUGGCCUAGCUGCUGGUCUGUCAGCGAGAGAGGGGGAAAGCAGAGACCCCCGUCCACAACUUGGACCUGGUCUCCCGCCCCUCUCCGGCGGAGUGGAGAUCCUAUUCAGAGGGGCCGGUCUCUCUAAAUAUGCCCCAGGUACCCGCGGAGGCUGUUUUCCUAUGACAGAUUUUCCCUGCCGGGAAUGGGGAGCUGCCCCGGACCCUGUGCCUGCCCCCUAGGAGCUCCUGGGAUCCUUGUCUUGCUCAGACACAAACGGAAAUGUUGCGGCCAUCUGGCAACAGGGGAUGAGGAUCCGGUGUUGGGGGCUGCGAGCUGGUUCUGGGCCGCACAAAGAGGAGUUGUAAUGGUCAAAUAGUCUAGUGUAAUUCUGUUCAAGAGCUUCUUCCCCCUCUUUCAUCUUCCCCCAAAUAAAAACAAAUGAACAAACAAAAAUCACUCGGGCUUUCUUUCCAGUAAUCUUAGCCCAAGCCAGGUGAUGGGGUUUAGUCCCCUACAACCAAAGGUGCUUACGAGUCCUCUGUUGGCUUUUUCUGGAGCACGGCCCCCUCGCCUGGGUGAUCCUGGUUGCUGAACAGCCCGCCGGGUUUUCCUAAGGUCCGGGGAUGGGCGGGGAGAGGUUGGCCACAGACCCUGGGGACCAAUCAAAGGUUUCUCACAGGGAGCCUCAGAGAUAUAGAUAUUUAUAGGCGGCUGGGGAGGGCAUUUGGGGCCAGGGUCAACUCAUCUGGAAUAUGUGCUCCUCUUGCCCCUCGGGGAUCUACGCCUCCAUGAAGCCUCGGAAUUAAUCAGAGGGUAUAAAUGUGUCAUAAGGAGAGCUUGAACUCAGUCUGGUGAUCGCAGUGUGCACCGUUUGUUUGUUCUUGGUUAGAAGCUGGGGCUGCAGCACGUGUCACUGGGCACACAACCGUGUGUGGGGACAGUAAGGAUGACGGAGCGGCCGCCGGGCGAGGCGGCCCGCAGUGACCCCCCGCCGGAGGGACGGGACGCGGCCGAGGCCCGCAUGGCCCCCCCGCACCUGGUCCUGCUCAACGGCGUCGCCAAGGAGACGAGCCGCGCGGCCCCCGCGGAGCCCCCGGUCAUCGAGCUGGGCGCGCGCGGAGGCCCGGGGGGCGGCCCUGCCGGCGGGGGCGGCGCCGCGCGGGACGGGAAGGGCCGCGAGGCGGCGGCGGCCGAAGCGCGCCAUCGGGUGCCCACCACCGAGCUGUGCCGGCCCCCGGGGCCCGCGCCCGCCUCGGCCCCCGCGGAGCUGCCCGGCGACGGCCGCAUGGUGCAGCUGAGCCCGCCCGCGCUCGCGGCCCCCGCCGCCCCCGGCCGCGCGCUGCUCUACAGCCUCGGCCAGCCGCUGGCCUCGCUCGGCAGUGGGUUCUUUGGGGAGCCAGAUGCCUUCCCUAUGUUCGCCACCAGCAACCGAGUGAAGAGGAGGCCCUCCCCUUAUGAGAUGGAGAUUACAGACGGUCCCCACACCAAAGUAGUGCGGCGCAUUUUCACCAACAGCCGAGAAAGGUGGCGGCAGCAGAACGUGAACGGGGCCUUUGCCGAGCUCCGCAAGCUGAUCCCCACGCAUCCCCCGGACAAGAAGCUCAGCAAGAAUGAGAUCCUCCGCUUGGCCAUGAAGUACAUCAACUUCCUGGCCAAGCUGCUCAAUGACCAGGAGGAGGAGGGUACCCAGCGGGCCAAGCCUGGCAAGGACCCCGUGGUGGGGGCUGGCGGAGGGGGCGGUGGGGGAGGGGGCGGUGCGCCGCCCGACGACCUCCUGCAGGACGUGCUGUCCCCCAACUCCAGCUGUGGCAGCUCGCUGGACGGGGCGGCCAGCCCGGACAGCUACACAGAAGAGCCGGCGCCCAAGCACACAGCGCGCAGCCUGCACCCUGCCAUGCUGCCAGCCGCUGAUGGAGCGGGUCCUCGGUGAUGGGGCCGGAGCCACUCAGGACCAGCCAGGAGGGCACCCUCAGGCCGCUGGGACUGUGGGCUUCGGGGCAGGUCGGGUGAGGAUGGGGCAGCUCUGAAGCCCAGCGGUGGACUUGAUGAGCUUUCCUUGAUGUCUGAACUUUGCGAAGCCCUAACUGGCCCUGGGGUGGCUUUCCUGUUUCCUGCCUCAGUGGGAAAACAGAAAAAUGGAGCAAAGUGGUAGGUACUUUUUAUGAAGACGGCACGGUCUUCCCCUUCCCCCCAAACCCUAAGACUUCUCAAGUAAGUAAGGAGCUCGACUGGCGGGGCUUUCAGCUUGGAGCUUGGGGGCCCUGUCUUUGCUGAGACCUGGGGUUGUCAGCUCUCACUUGGGGCAUCCAGCAGCCUCUGCCUUGCCUUCAGCCCCUCCCAAGCUGGCUGGUGUGGCUAGUGUGGCCACUCUGUCCAAAUACGUAGGUACCCAGUAGCCGCCCAGUUCUAGGUGAGCCCCAUCUUCGCCCAGGCCCAUGUUGGGUCACCUAGCUUGCCAGCUGCUGCAGAGUCACAAGCCUCGAGGUGCCUUCUACAGGGCUUGGUGGAAGAAGAUGGCCAGUGGACAGCCUGCUCUCGACUAGCUGGGCCAGAGGGUCAGAAACCCAGUAGCCCUUACUACUCGCCCCGGGGAUCAAAGCUCUGCUUUCUCCCCACUGAGACUUGCCUUCCCAAUCCUUGUGGGGACUGAGUGUAGCCGGGAGCCUGCCCUGUCAGGCAUCAUCAUGUGAAGGCAGAGAGAGGGAAAAUGAUGAGAGUGAAAUUGAGCAAGAGCUGUUUGGGGCUGUGGGUUCAAAUCCUGACGGUGUCUCAGACCUUCCUGCCUGUAUUCUCAGCUCCCCAUCACUGUUCACGCGGUGAGCAAAUGCCAGUGUGCAGCUGGGUGUGUGCUGGCGCCGGGAGUGGAUGUGCAGCCCCGUCUGCGUGUCCUCCUCUCCUGCUCCACGGGGUCUGUUUGGUGAGGGUCUGGUCUGAUCCCAGCCUUGCGCAAACCCUGUCCUACGAAAUCCUGGCAUUUGGGGUUUUUGCUUGACUUCGGUUACUGGUGGGAUCUUUAGAUCUUGAUAUGACCCAGACUCCAGCCCCACUUCUAGGGUGUGGGAAAACCCGUCAGAGACCAGGCCCUGGCUGAGACCUAGACAAAUGCACAUUCACUUAGCAGAAUCUUCGACACCCCUCAAUUAUACAGCUUUCAGCCAUCUAGGGUGUGUAUGGGAGGCUGGCUUACUGCAAUAGGAGUGCCCCCCUCCAAAAGUUGUACAUGAAAUUUUUGUAAAUCAAACCCUUAUCCUUCAUCUUUUAAAGAAAUACUACCGCAAGUCCUUUUGUAAAGUGAAGAAUUUUUUUGUAGAGUGGACCACUGCCCCUUGUUGAUCUCUUGUGUCAAUCCAGAUGGUGGGACAUGGUUUCCUUAAGGCCAAGCCUGCCUGUGACGUGUGUUCCAAGCCCAUGAGACAGACUCCACACAAGUCCUGUAUACCCGUACCCUCAAGUCACCGCAGCCACCUCUCACGAGGCUUCGUCUUUGAGGCUAGAGGGAAAACAGUCCCUAUGCAGAGAGGGCAUGAGGCCAGCUCCCUCCCCACCCUCUUAAGUUGUGGGGUCCAGUUUAUGAAUAGGGGAGCAACAUGGUAAUCUUUGGAGCACUCAGACUCCCUGUCCAUUUCAGACCCCCAACAUCAUAUCUUGAUGAAAUUAGGGCUGGUUUCUUUGCAAUACUUGGAAGCUCCUGUGAGGAAUCCCAUCUGUCUAAAGAUGGAGCACCUGUCCCGGGUCCUAAGGCUGCGUUUGCUUCCUGGUGGAUUAAUUUGACUUGGGAGUGAAAAGUGGCCACAGUAUGGAUGGAUGGAGAGGUGCUGGGAGAUGGAUCACACAUUCUACCGGGAACUCAAGCUUCUGGCUUCCUCUUUUCUCAGACAUGCAGAAUCACGUGGAUAAGUUACCUUCUCAAUGUCAGUUUUUCAGAAAUACCCUGGCUUGGCCUGUCUCCUAGGGCAGUGGUAUAGACCAAGUGGAAUCAUGAAAGCAGAAGCAUUUUGAGAUCAGAAAGAACUCUUUUGCCCUCAGGAUCAUUCCUGCAGUGGGGCUUCCCAUCCUGAGUCCAGGGCCUGGGCAGUGGGCCAGUCUGCCUGACUGCGCAGCAUUUGGGUAAUUUAGGUUCCAAACCUCUUUUGCUUGAGUUUUCCUGAUUGUCCUCAUUUCUCCAGAUUGACCUCAUUUGUGUCUCCUUCCAAGGGAAGGCACAGGAAUGAGAAUGGAAAAAGAUAUGGGCAAAAUGUGUAAGACAUUACAGCUUCCCCAAAUGGGCCCGGGUCGGGAUGGGCAAAGCCUCAUGUCUUUAUAAGACCUACAGAAGAUCCAAAAUUUGAAUUUUCAUUUGCACCCACCUCCCCACCCCUCCCAGCACACCCUUCUUCUUCCUCCGCCUCAUCACCUAUGAAGAAAUGGCAACAUUCCGAGAAUAAUAUCUGUGCUAGAGGAAAGGAUGUAAAGGGGGAAAAAAGCGAGGAGAACAGAGAUGAUUGUGAGGACUGGAGGGAUUCCCAUCUUUUCGGGAAAAUUCAUAUGCUUUUAUCGGUGGUGGCAAACGACAAGAUGGUACAACCUUUAUCCUUUUCUGAGAACAGAACAAAGGGCCCAGCAUCUGUAGUCAGCCGACAGCUAUCUCGGCCUUUGGGGGUGGUCUGGUCGUACUUGUGAUUUCGAUGGUACGUGGCCCCCCGCCGAAGGCUCGCCCAUGCCCGUGUACAUAGCGCAUCGUUCCUAUGGGCGGGCCCAGCACUUUCCUUCAUUGUUGUACUGUAUGUGAUGCGUUGCAUUGGUCUCUGCAUUUUUCUGCAGAAGAGGAGUAAGCGCUCCAGGUACCUCGACCUUUGUACAGCCCGGAGGCCAACACUGUGGGCGUGACUCUUUAGCGACACAACGCUUGUGGUGAUGAUGUGUGUGUAUAUAUAUAUAAGGAUAUAUUGGGAAGAUUUCUAAAUAAAAGUUUUACAGAGGGG